GUUUGUCUACUGUCUAGUAUGACAACAAAUGUCAUGUGAAAUGUCAAAGUAAAAAAAAAAAUGCGAAUGAUCUGUUUAUUUUUCACUUUCCUUGCUUUUGUCUUUGUUAGUGAAUUUUAGUCAUAAUCAAAAUAUUUUGGUGAUUCCAUAAAAAUAUGUUAAAAGAUGGAUGCCGUGUUUGAUAUUUGUUACCUAUCUUCUGAAGGUAACAGCGUAGAACCUGAUGAUAUCCCCAAAACAAAGGAAAAUGUUUGGAUCCUCGGCAAGAAAUACAGCGCUGUUCAAGAUUUGGAUCGUAUAAGGCGUGACAUUAGUUCUAUAAUUUGGUGUACUUAUAGAAAAGGUUUCGUUCCAAUUGGAGAUGAAGGCUUAACCUCAGACAAAGGCUGGGGAUGCAUGUUAAGAUGUGGUCAAAUGGUUCUUGGUGUAGCCCUGGUCAGAAUCCAUUUAUGUGAUGAUUGGGUAUGGACUCCAGAUACAAGGGACCCCACAUACUUAAAAAUAAUACAACGAUUUGAAGAAAGAAAACAAGCUCCAUAUUCAAUUCAUCAAGUAGCUUUAAUGGGAGCUUCAGAAGGCAAAGAAGUGGGUCAAUGGUUUGGACCAAAUACUAUAGCGCAAGUGUUAAAAAAAUUGGUUGUUUUUGACAAAUGGAGUUCAUUGGCUAUCCAUGUAGCAUUAGAUAAUACAGUUGUGAGGGAAGAUAUCUUGCAACAAUGUAUAGUGAAUAAUGAUAGGGGUGACUCUUCAUCAGCACCAGAUGUCGGGAUAGUGUCAGACUGGAUGCCAUUAUUGUUGAUUAUUCCCCUAAGACUAGGCCUCAGUGAAAUAAACCCUAUUUAUUUAAAUGGACUCAAGAUAUGCUUUCAAUGCCCACAAUCAAUUGGCGUAAUAGGAGGUAAACCUAAUCAAGCUUUGUAUUUGAUUGGCUGUGUAGAAGACGAAGUCAUUUAUCUGGAUCCCCAUACAACUCAGAGAUCUGGAUUGAUUGAGGUAAGAAAAUAUUGCAUUUAAAAAAAAUCAGUUAAACUAAAAUAUUUGUUCAAUGGAAACAUGAAUUUAAACGUGUGAUCUCAUAAAUAAGUUAUAUACCAUAAAUACGUUUUUUUCAAUGAAUAUUUCCUAAAUGACAGAGCCUGUCAUAAUGUGAUAGCUAUAUUUAUGUUAGCUGUUAUAUACAAUUUAAAAAAAUUCAUGAAUUUGAACAUUUACAGAAUAAAUUCACUGAUGAACAAAAAGAAAUGGACUGUUCUUAUCACUGUAAAUAUGCUUCCCGAAUACCAAUGCUCACGAUGGAUCCCUCUGUUGCCGUGGUAAGUAUUUUAAAAUUGUUUGUUAGCUCUUAAGUACAUUUUUUACUAAGCGAUAUAGUAAUAUUAGUAAAUAUGUGAGGUAUUCUACCAAAAAAUAGGACGCAUUUGUACUAUUAACUACUAUAUUUAUAUGGGAAUAUAAAAUAGUGUUUAUAUUAUGGAACAAGUGAUAAGUCAAGGUUUUAUUUAUAAUGCCUAUAUGAAAUUGCAAAAUUUGAUGACCACAAAUAUGUUGUGAAAAAAAAAGAAACUUGUAAAACUGAUUUCUAACAUCAAAAUUU